AUGAGCAUCCGUUUUCUCAUCCUCUCCGACACCCACGACUCGGCGUUUCCGGACCCGGGUUUACUACCGACCGUGGAUAUCGUAAUUCACUGCGGCGACCUCACCAUGAUCGGCGGCCUGUCGAACUUCAGAAAAGCGCUUGAGGCGCUAGACAAAUGUCCGGCCGAGCUGAAGCUUGUCAUCCCAGGUAACCACGACGUGUCCCUUGACCCCGCAUGGUGGGCCGGGAACCUGGACGAAGAUGACGACCCGGCCGAGCCUCAGCGAGCAAAGGAGUUGUUUGCUAGUUUUGCCAGCAAGGGGGUGAAGUUACUGGAGGAGGGCACACACACAAUAUCAUUGCGGGACGGACGCAGUUUGAAUCUGUAUGCGUCACCAUAUACUCCCGACUUCAACGGCUACGCCUUUGCCUACAGCGAGGAGGAGGACAGAUUCAACACCGGAGCACACAUCAUCCCUCCGGAUGCUGAUAUCGUCAUCACCCAUGGCCCACCGCUCGUGCCGGGCACCGAUUAUCGACUCGACCUGGGCAGGAAUGGCGAACAUUGCGGCUGCUCGAAACUAUGGGCGGCUAUUGAGCGCACACGGCCCAGACUACACUGUUUUGGGCACAUCCACGAGGGCUAUGGGUCACAAGUCGUACAAUGGGAGGAUCCAAAUGGAAUGAAAAUCGGUGAUGUCUCCGCCACAGAAUCUGGUGCUGAUGUUUCUUCAUUGCCGCCACCCACACGAGGCACGACGCUGCUGUUGAACGCAGCGAUUAUGUCACAUGGAGGCAACAAGAACAAGCCGUGGGUGGUCGAUAUCCCUAUCCUCUGA